GUUAUCCGCAAGCGACUUCUGAUCGAUGGCGAUGGUGCUGGUGACGACAGGCGGAUCAAUUUGCUGGUGAAGAGUUUCAUUAAGUGGUGUAAUUCCGGAUCUCAAGAGGAAGGAUACACCCAGUACCAACGAAUGCUGAGUACUUUAUCCCAGUGUGAAUUUUCAAUGGGAAAAACUCUUCUGGUGUAUGAUAUGAACCUGAGAGAAAUGGAAAAUUAUGAAAAAAUCUAUAAGGACAUAGAAAAUAGCAUAGCUGCAGCACAUGAGAAGAUUUCUGAAUGCAAAAAGCAAAUCCUGCAAGCAAAAAGGAUUCGAAAAAACCGCCAGGAAUAUGAUGCAUUGGCUAAAGUCAUACAGCACCAUCCAGACAGACAUGAGACACUGAAGCAGCUGGAAGCUUUGGGAAAAGAACUGCAACAUCUUUCUCACAUUAAAGAAAAUGUUGAAGAUAAGUUGGAACUGAGAAGAAAGCAGUUUCAUGUUCUCCUGAGCACCAUCCAUGAACUUCAGCAAACCCUGGAAAAUGAUGAAAAACUUUCAGAAGCUGAAGAAUCUCAAGAAACUCAGAUCGAAACAGAGACCAAACAGUAGGUGUGAUAGGAAGACUGAGCACACUUCUGAAGAACAAAUGUCCAAGUGUCUUCACUUUGUGUUGAAACCAACAGUA